AUGACGAUGAUUCAACCAGCUACUUCAGGUCCACCCUGCAUUCCACCUCUUUCUUCUUAUGGAACACUAACGGGACAAUUGUUUCUCUACGAUGGUGGAAAAGUUGCCUUCGAAAGUCCCAUUACGGAAUCGACAAGGGAAAGAUCUACAGCCGUCACACCGCACAACAAAUGUAUUCUAGUGGGAGGCUUAUCGGACGGUCUCUUGCCGUGUCCUUACACCGGAUUGUUGGAACAGGCGUGUGCUAGUCUCGAAGGUGGAUGGUCCCUGAUUCAACCCGUGUUGAGUAGUUCAUACACAGGCUUUGGGCACGGCUCUCUGACGCGGGACUGUGCCGAAAUGGAAUCCUUGCUAGACUAUUGCAUCGCGCAUCGGAACGCGUCUACCUUCUGUUUAGUCGGGCAUUCUACGGGAUGUCAAAAUAUUGUCUAUUUUCUCAAACACGCGCGUCGCGACUUACAGGAUCGAAUCCGGGUGGCGGCUCUGCAAGCCCCCGUUUCCGAUCGCGAGGGCGUCCCCCACCUUGACUUACAAGCAAGAAACAUCGAUUUGGCAUUGUCCAUGCAAUCCCGAGGUCAAGCGGAAGAAAUGAUGCCGCGUGACGCCUUUUGGGCACCGAUUACGGCCCAGCGGUACUUGGAUUUGAACGCAAGAGGAGGGACAGACGAUUUCUUCUCCUCCGAUUAUACCGAUGAGGAAUUGCGAUCCAGACUCGCACACGUGGGCUCCAAUCGCCACGGUGCCCGUUUGAAAGUAUUGGUCGCGUAUUCAGGUAAGGACGAAUACAUUCCUGCCGAUCUCGAUACCGAAGAACUGACCACGCGGCUGGUCGAUGCCAUGAAUGACGCCUGUCGCGAGGAUGAAAUGCAGGUAGCUAUUCCGUUGCAUUUGCCUUUGGGCAACCAUAAUCUGUCUCAAGGUCCCAAUGAUGCCCACACCUUUGUGGAUGCCGUAGCCCGACUUUUGGCUGAUUGUGAGAUCAAUUAG